AUGGGACAGAUUACAAAUUUGUUGUCUGAGAGGGCUCCCGGGACGCUUCCCUCUGACACUGAAAAGAACCUAAAGGAAACAAUCAACGCUGUAUCUUUGAGAAGCGGCAAAGCAUUGACUGACCCAGUGGUGAAAGCUAGACCUAAGGUGGUUAACAAGCAUACUGAUGCACCAGCAGAGAAAAGGAGUGAAGAGCAAAAAUGCCAAAGUAGUGAGCAACUUUAUGUGAACAUUCCCUUCUUAGAAGUACUCACUCAUAUGCCUGCUUAUACAAAGUUCUUAAAGGAAAUCUUGUGUAGCAAGAGAAAAUUAGAGCAAACAAUAGUGGUCAAGCUGAAUGCCCACUGCAGUGCCAUAUUCCAAAACAAAAUUCCCCAAAAGUGUGGGGACCCAGGAAGCUUAACCAUACCAUGCUCGUUGGGGAGUAAAAAAUUGGACAAGGCCCUCUAUGAUUCUGGUGCGUCUAUAAAUCUAAUGCCUCUGUCUGUAUUCAGAAAACUGGAAGGUGAACUUGGAGUGAUCAAAUCAAUACCAGUGUCCCUACAACUGGCUGACCAAACCACCAUUCUACCUGAGGGAAUCAUUGAAGAUAUUCUAGUAUGGGUGGACAAGUUUGUGUUCCACGUAAACUUUAUCGUGGUGGAUAUGGAGGUGAACAAGGAGGUGCCUUUAAUUCUGGGGAGGCCAUUUUUAUGUAAAGGUAGAGCCAUCCUUGAUAUCUAUGAGGGGCAACUUAUGCUUAGAGUGGGCAAUGAGAAAGUGGCAUUCCAGAUGAAGAAAAUGAUGAAAUACCCCAGUGAUGAAGCGUCUGCCUACUUAUGUUUCAAGCUAGAUGUCAUUGGAGAGUUGGCUGAAAAAUACAAGUUUGACAAGCUUGUGGGGGAUACUUUAGAGAGGUGUAUUACUCAGUUUAGCACAGUGGAGGAUGAAGACCCUGAAAUAAAGAAAGAGGUUGAAGCUCUUGAAACUGAUGAUCAAGUGGUUGACGAGGAGGAACUAAAAGAGGAGGCUUCUAAGCCCAAUGUGGAAUUGAAAGUCCUCCCCACUCACUUGAAAUAUGCUUUUCUCGAAACUAACAAUUUUUUUGUGAUUAUUCUGCUGACUUGA